AGCAAGGUGACAGGAGGUUAUCCUCGGUUUGAGACACACCCACACGCGGGCUUCAUUAAGUCGCUCGCUCACGCGCUCGACUCCUUCAGCACAGGUCAAAGCCUAGCAACCGUGCCAAAACUUACCCAGCUCGCGCGAAUAUCAUUUUUAUUAUUAUUAUUAUUAUUAUCAUCAUAAUUAAGCCACAAUUAGCAUAUCGUUGUAAUUUAUUUCUUUUAAAAGAAGAUGAGGAAGGUGUUCCCGUGGUUGACCAACGUGUCUCUGUACGGCUGUCUGUUCGCCGGCGGGGAUCUGCUCCAUCAGCGCGUGACGCACCAGGACGGCACAGAGCUGGACUGGAAGCGCACGAGGAACGUAGCCCUCGUGGCGUUCUGUUUCCAUGGCAACUGGAACUACUUUUGGCUGCGUGCGCUGGAGCGCCGGUUCCCGGGAAGGUCCCUCGGCAUGGUGCUCUCCAAGUUGGCUCUGGAUCAGAGCUUCGCGUCGCCCUUAGCAACCAGCGUUUUCUACACAGGAGUGAGUGUAUUGGAGGGCAAAGAGGAUGUAUUUGAGGACUGGAGGGAAAAAUUCUUCAACACAUAUAAGACAGGACUCAUGUACUGGCCCUUCAUGCAGUUCCUGAACUUCGUGUUGAUGCCGCUGUACCUGCGCACCGUGUUCAUGGGCUGCUCGGCGUUCCUGUGGGCCGCGUUCCUGUGUUUCUCGCAGCAGAGCGGCGACGGCACCGCGGCCACGGCUCUCGCCUGGAUAACCACCUCCGAGAAACGCAUCGUGAGCCGUAGCGCUAACGAGGAGAAGUGAUGAACGUGAAGGCACUCAGGAACGGCGACCCUGGUGCCUUCGCUCACGCUACAGUACAGUACGCGUACGGACACGCUGUGCGAACCCUUAUUCAUUUAUAUAUGUGUAACGUCGUGUGUGUAUAUGUUACUUGACUUGAAAUAUUUUACCUCGGGCAUGUGCUGACAACCGGUACGCAAUACACAACACCUGAUAUUGAGAUCUUUGUGCCUUUCAUAAGGCUAACAAUGCUAACAAUGCUCUAAAUAGCAUUCAUUCUGUGGUUUUUAGAUGUUUAGGGAUUGUUCUCGUGUUGUUUAGCUAGCUGCUGUAACCCGACCUCACGUGCAGCGCGAUCAGCUCUUUGCUCAAUACUUUUAAAAUGUCCAUAUUGUUAUUUUAUUUUGUACCAGAAGGUGUUUUCUAUGACAGAAGCUCUGACAGUAGUGCAGCUCCGAAUCGCAGGUUUAUAUUAACGCGCUCGCUUUAAUAGGCUACGUUAUCGUUUCUAUAGUAACGUCGAUGCCCAGGGAUUUGUACGGCGGACGCUGCUUUUUUUUUUUUUUUUUUUUUUUAAAUGAGUUGUUGUUGAUAUGAUGUGAAAUUUUCUGUAAGGAGACGUGCUUUUAUUUAACAUUUAUGGAAGGAGUCUCCGGUGUCAGCACUUUGUAGCAGUCAGAGGUAAAGCUGUAAGUUUUUGUUUGUUUUAUUUUUAAUUUUAUUUUGCAUGAUGUAAACAUAUCAUUCGUAUAUAAAAAAAAAAAUGGUUCGUGUUGGUAAAUUGUUUUGUGGUGGAAUAAAACACUUGGGGAUGUGCUGUUAAAGGAAAAUAGCUUCAGGAUGGAAACACGUCACAUAUGAUUAAGCUGUUUUUUUUUUUUUUGUUGUUGUUGUUGUUGUUUUUUUUGCACUUUUACACAAACAGCAGUGUGAUAACGCUCCGUGCCACAUUCAGCUCAUGCAUGAGGAAGAAAUCAAGGACAGAAAUGAAACAAGACUUUCCUUACACAAGCCAUGGUAAAAUAGAAACCUUUACAAUUUCCGUUUGUAUUUGACCUGUUCCUCAAGGUGUGGCCCCGCCCCCUCGCUGCUGUAGGUCCAAGACUCAAAUUAAGUUUGUAUGAGUCAAAGGACAAUGAUUAAAAUAUUAUUUAUCAAUCACACUGUAUAUUUAUCUACAUGUACUUUUUAGGUAUCGAUGUAAAAUGUCUAAAUUAUAGACAUUGUACUUUAACAUGUUUGUUUUGGGCACGAAAUGACACAAUGAAUACAAUUUUUCAUACCUCC